GCGAACCGCAAGCCAGGCCGUGGAAGAAGCAUGACAGCGACUAAACCACACUUAUCGCGAUGUUCGCUUUUAUUGGAGGGCAACGAAGAUCGACGACAUACAAGAAAUGGACCCGGCCACUGACACCGUCGUCAACCCCAAUAAACCCCUUUUAGGGCAAUUCACAAGGCGAGCACUUUUGCGCACUACCAGGCCGCCGGCAUUGAAGACGGACGGGGAAGUCGAAGUUGUUGAAAAUAACGGUUCGAUUUACGCGGAGCCUCAAAGUUCGCCGGGAUCCGAAUUUGGCGGGUGCUGGAGUAGCCAGGAACCUGUUUUCGCGCCGUCGGUGCCAGUGGAAGGGAGCGCAAGCGGGUGCACACAAGGAACGCUAUGUCUGGGCGCACAGAAGGAAGGCUUUGCCGCUCUCAAGUUUUCGUUUUGGCUCGUCUUCAAUGCCAAGCCAAGCAGGAAUCAUGGGGCCUGUCGCGAGGAACGAAGGAGUGAGAAGAGAAGGAAAUACAAAAACCAUCUGGCCGAUCGCCAACCCAAGCAGGAAUCAUGGGGGCGAUCACGUGGAACGAGCGAGAGGGAAGCAGAAGGGAACACAGUAACCGUGUGCCCCAGUGUCUUCGUCAUCCGUUCCCUCCGUCCCCACCAUUUGCGACACGUGCCACGACAUGAUGAUCAUCGGGGUGUUGAUGAAGAUGAUGAUGAUGCUGAUUGCGAUGCAGAUGAUGAUGAUGAUGAUGAUGACGUGGACGGUGGCGAUGUUGAUGACUACGAUGAUGUCGAUGAUGAUGAUGAUGAUGAUGUUGAUGAUGUUGUUGAUGAUGAUGAGGAUGAUGAUGAUCAUGAUGAUGAUGAUGAUGGUUUUGAUGAUGAUGACAACGAUGAUGAUGAUGAUGAUGAUGACGAUGACAAUGACGAUGAGGAUGAUGACGAUGAUGAUGAUGAUGAUGAUGACGAUGAUGAUGAUGAUGAUGAUGAUGAUGAUGAUGGUAAACAAGAGUCAUGGGGCCGCUCGCGAGGAACGAACGAGUGGGAAGCAAAAGGGCAUACAAAAACCAUGUGCCCCAAUGUCAUCGACAUCCGUUCCCGCUGUCCCUGCAACUUGCAACACGUGGCGCGAUGCGGCUGCUCCCAUGCGCCGGCAAGCAUGUGCGGCGACUGACACGCGGGCAGGCAGAAAACCACUUUACCUUAACGAGGGCACAACGCAC